CUCUUAUAUACCUAACCAACGAGUUUUGUAGGAAAAUGUGAAUAUAAUUGUUGAUGAUACAGCAUUGUACGCCCCUACGAGGGUCACCGCAGGACGCGACCCGUGGAAUUUUUAAAGUGCAUCAUUCACAUAACGUAUGUUGAAAAUAUAUGUUAGAAAUAGAUAAUCAAGAUAUAUAAAUCAGAUGGAUUAUCAAAGCACUAAGCUUACGUGACUGAACAUAUUAAAAUAACUUGUAAUAACGAGCGGCUCAAUAAGGUAUACAUAUCAAGAAACUUACAGUCAAUGGUGGGAGUGAAUGGACAGAUUUUACGGUAUUUUCAAGCCUCGGUCCAUGACCGGCAGCUUUAUGGAUUAGCAGGCAAGAACGGGCUAUCAAUCAGAAGUUUCCGCGGGUGAGAGGUCAGAGAGAGCCGGAGAUAAUCCCUCUUGUAAGUGUGACCAAGGAAGGAGGAGCUAGCUGUAGGCUCCUCCUCCAUGGUGUGUACCCGCCCCCUGCCAAGCCACACUUCAGUGCUCACUCCGUCGUCGUGAGGGGAGGUUGUGCCGCCUCUCGCUCUAGACCCCUUCCUCUUGUGCCCUGCGAAGAGGUACAACUCUUACCACCUCUCAUGUGAUAUUUCGCGGUUCCCUACAAAUUAUUCGUAGUGGCUUACGGGGUGUAAUACAUAGCUAGAGUGUUUGAAAUUCUAAGUGAUUUGAAUAAGUGCUAAAUUCGAAGAAUGUGUAACAGAUUACGUUAGUGCGGUGUUCGAUGUGAUUGUAUCGGUAUUUCCUGAUUGAUCGUAGUUGGAAAGCAAGGUGUUGAGGUUGUGGUUAGAAUAACGAUGGUCUUGUAUGGGUGUGUGGCUGUGUUGGCGGCGCUGGUCCUGCAGGGGAGGCUGGCAGAGGCCACAGGCGGCAGCUACCUGCAGAUGUAUGAGGCCCAGUUCAACCCCCCAGACCCGUGCUACGACGAGUCGGGGGGACUACCCAAGAAAUGCGUUCCCGACUUCAUCAACGCGGCGUUCGGUCGUCCGGCGGAGACGUCGAGCACGUGUGGUACGCCUCCGUCGCGCUACUGCGUCACCUCUUUGGAGAAAGGUAAAGUGAAUCGUCAGUGUGACGUGUGUGAUGCCAGCGACCCAGGGCGCGCCCACCCCCCACACUACCUCACCGACCUCAACAACCUCAACAACCUCACUUGCUGGCACUCCGCUCCCGUCGACCCCCUCAAGCCAGACAACGUCACCCUCACACUCUCCUUGGGCAAGAAAUACGAACUCACAUACAUCAACCUGCAAUUCUGCGGACAGAAGCCUGAUUCGCUCUCCCUCUUCAAGUCUAUGGACUACGGGCGGACCUGGAUCCCUUUCCAGUACUACUCCUCACAGUGUCGCAAGGUGUACGGUCGCAGAAGUCGCAUGGUGAUUGGCAAGGCAAAUGAGCAGGAAGCUCUGUGCACCGACGCUCACCUCAGCCACAACGACCCGCUGACAGGCUCCGGAUCCACCAGGAUUGCCUUUAGCACGCUAGACGGACGACCUUCAGCCGACGACUUCGACUCCUCGCCGGUGCUACAAGACUGGGUCACAGCAACAGACAUCAAGGUGGUGUUGAACCGACUGCACCCGGAGCUGGACGAGGCCACGGCGGAUAAUGAGAGCGUCGCUCAGGAGAGCUUCAGCUACGCCGUCGCCGAUCUGGCCGUCGGUGGACGCUGCAAGUGCAACGGCCACGCGUCGCGUUGCAUCCCUGACAAGACUACCGGGGAGCUGGUGUGCGACUGUGCCCACAACACUGCAGGACGCGAAUGUGAGAAAUGCAAGCGCUUUCACUUCGACCGUCCCUGGGGUCGAGCUACCGACCACGAGGCCAACGAGUGCGUAGGUAAGUACCUGGAGAGUGACCUGGUUCCAGCGCUCCGUAAAUCUUAAACCUUCAAGGGAGGUUGCAUGAUGCCGGUAAGGGGAUCAUGAUGCAAGGAAUAGAAUUUGAUUCCCUCCCAUUCUACCAAGCGCUGUAAGAUCCCUUCUGUAUGUACCCGGCAGCACAGUCGGAGUUCAUAGACUCCAACCUAAAGUGUUACUUACUUAUUCUCUUAAAUAAUCUCUCUCUCUCUCUCUCUCUCUCUCUC